AUGACGAAGAUUGAGAAUGACAAGAAUAGAGUAAGAGUGUGCAAACAAAAAUCCGAGUCUCAAAAUAGAAAAGCGAGGCAGCGAAAAGAUGUAAUGGAAAAAUCACUAGUGGGUUCAAUAUCUAGCCUAUUUAAUGCGAAAAAACAAAAAUCUCUUCUUUCAAGUCAAGUUGAAGAAGAAAGUGAUGAAGAAUUUGGGGAGGAUGAUGUGAAUGAUAAUCUUAGAGAUAAAGGUGUUAAUGAAGAAGCUAGUGGCGCAAAUACGGGUGACGUUCAUGAGGAACCUAUGAGUGAAGAUGUUGAUGUACCACAUGAAGAAUCUAGAGAGGGGCAUAAUGAAGGCCCGACUCCUAUGAAAGAAAAUGUAGGGAAUGAAGAACAUGAAAGUAUGCUUGACCUUGAGAAAGAUGUUGAUGUGAACUAUGAUCCGGGAUCGUGGGGAAGCAUUAAUGAUUCGAAGAGGAUAAUGUUAGUUCUACGAGGUCCUAUUAAGAUUUUAUUCAAGUAUAAAACAAUGACAACUAGUUUGGCCGGAGAGGGAACUAGUGAUUGGCAUAACCUUCCUACAAAGCUUAGAGACCAUGAAAGGAAUGUAGAACAUAUCUCCAAUGUCGUGAGGUGGGUGGACUUGCAAAAGGGGCUUCAACAAAAAGCAACAAUUGACAAGAAAAUGGAAGAUCUAAUCGACAAAGAGAGAGUUCGUUGGAAGAUGAUACUAGUUCAAUAA